AUGUCGAGUGGAGAUCGAUUCCUAGCUCUAACCUGGAACUACGAUCAGAACGGCAACCUAAAGGAAACCCCACAUGUGACAAGACAAGAGCUGAGUGCUCACGCGCAGCUCGUGGUGGAUAGGUACGCCCACCUUCAAAAAGCCAUGCAACAGGAGAAGACAAAGAACAAGAAGCUAGAAGCAUUGCUCCUAGAAGCAGAGGAGAAGAACAAGAAGCUGGAAGCGUCGAUGCGAGAAGAACAGGAGAAGUCCAAGGCCAUGGGAUACUCGUCCGAAAUGGAGAUUCAAGGUUGA